AUGGUAGCAGGGGAGACUGCACGCUGGCAUCAUAAAUGGGUUGUCUUUCUACUGGUAUUAGGAUGGCUAUUUCUUUAUCGAUACCGAGUCAUGGGCUACCUACUUUCCAAGGCUAUUGCGUAUCAACUUUCGAAGUCCCAUUUGCGUAAUUCCAUGGUCUCCCCAAUAACUGUUCGAGUGGAACGAGUGUCACUACAACCUUUAAGAUUUAUGAAUAUCGAGCUCAGUAGCCGUGGAUCAACAUGCUGGCGCAUCGUGUUGACGAAAUUGGAGGUGCAGAGUCAUGUCAAGGAGUUUUUCGAAUCGUUUGGACAUGUAAAAAUUUGCAUCUUGAUUAUUGAUGAAGUCAUUGGAAACGUAGACCAAAUAGAUGACAAAGUGUUACGAGCUAUCCUGAUGCCAAACAAAGUGGUGGCGAAGAAUGCAGCACAAAUGCGCUCCAAAGUAAAUCCAGUUUGCUAUCUUCGUUUUGUUGACUUGAAAAUAGUGAACAUUCGACUUCGUGUCGACUGCUUGAAGAGUACGACAACAUUGCUGUGUCAAGGUCUAUACGUUGGAAUCAUAGACGUAUUUGUAGCGCGAGACUUAAUGCGAUUGAAGGCGCAGGCGAAUUCUUUAAUUAUUCAGAGCGCUCCUCAAGCUGAUGGAAGAAAUCUGACGAAUUGCCAAAGUGACGGUAGUGAUGGGCUGCGUGUACAAAUUUCUGAAACUUCUGCCGUUUUAAGUCUUGAUUUGCGGAACCACAGUUUCCUUGGAUGCAAGUUGAUUGGAUAUGACGAUCACACAGCAACAAUCGUUAUGUCAACAGCAUAUCUAGAGCAAACGCUUGCUGCAAGAAACGAAUUGUUUCGAAUGGGAGUCGUUGCUGCCAGUGAAGCAAUAAUGGAUCCAUUAAUCAAUGAUCCGAGAGAUCAUAAAUUGAGCGCAGCAACUUCAUUAGAGGUUGAAUUAAACGACUUUCAUCUUAGCAUUACAUUUAUGAAUGAAGUAGAUUUCAGUCAAUCCAUUCCACUACAACUUCUCGCUGAUAUUCGCAAGAUUUUUUAUCGAAAGAAGCCUGAACCGCGGAUUGAUGUCGGCCUUAGUAAUGAACUUCCUACAGAUCCAACAACCGAUGCGUUAAGAAUUCAGGUCGAAGUUUCGGUCCAACGUGUGCAAGUCCGCACUUUAGCCUCAAAUCAAAAUAUAUUAUCUUUGUGUUGCAUCGAAGUACAAGCGAAGCAAACGACAAAAACACGUGGUAUACUAAUGGGAACAAUUGUAGAGGUUAGCAUAUCGUUGAGCCAUCAAACGGAUGAAUGUCUUCGCUAUUUUCUUGCACUUCACGAACGUCUGCAUAGAAGUCAGAUUGAAGCGAAAGAGACGCUAACCCAUACUUUACUGCGACAUCAAAGUGACGGGCGACCCGUCUUGCCUAAUAAAAGUAUUCAAAUCUAUUGGGAAUCUGAAAUUAAAGUGACAAAGUGGCUGUUGUCAUUCAAAGCUUUUGCGAAAGAUGGUGCAACACAUGAUCUGACAGCUAAUGGAUCAGCCGCCUCUAUUCAAACUCCACUAGCCCCCGUUCUUCGAGAAGAUGGUUGUUUGUUUAUCAAGCGCUCCAUCGUGCUUCAGCGCGUUUCUAUCGAAGUCCAGCCGAGUGGAUAUUCACCACAUUUGGCUGUUUUAGAAGAUGUAAAGCUGACACAGACUGCAUCUGUGGACCCAUCAGAAACGACAAAAUCACUUGAGACGUCUGCUCAUGUCAAAUUUGUUUCGAUAAACCACUUGCGCUCAGGAAAAAGCGAUGAGUUUUGUCGAUUUCCAGCACUUUAUAUAGACGACUUUAAAAUCAGUCGAUCGAUUAAGGAGACGACCGAAAAUUUGGAAAAAGAUUUGGCUAUUUACAUGGACAGAGUUGUCAUCAAAUGGCACUACCAACAUCACAGAAAUUUUUUAAUCGAGUGGGCAGCGAUUGAGACAAUAGUCAGCCAGCUCGAGUUGUUACUUGUGAAGCCAUCGGCAAAAAAUCAAAAUAUGACGAAAAUCUUGAGCACAAAUAUAUUCUCGAAAUAUAUAGCAGUAGAUGUGACGGAAAUUUCGGGCAUAGCACCUUUGUCUUCUUUCUGCCUAGUCGAAACCAAAUUGAGCCAUCGAGCUACGCGACUAUGCGCCACUGUUGCAUUGAGUUCGACAAACGCAAGUGUCCGUUGGGGUGAAAUGCCAUCUGUGAUCACAUUUGUUGAGGCUUCUAUCCAGCACAGACACAGUCUCGGGAGGCAACGGUACCUGAGCAAAGUCCCCAUUCAAAGCGAUAUUCGAUGCGGCUCAAUGAAGAUGCACCUUCGUCCAAAUAGUCAAAUGUUACUACUGGUUAUACGCAUUGACCAGAUGAUAGCCACUUCAUCUGAUAAACAUCAUGAAGCUAAAGAAUCUUCGGCUCACGGCAUUUCUUUCGUUUGCGGGACUAUUCAUAUCGAUAUGGAAGAAUCAAACGAAUACAAUGGUAGUAUUGAACUUGAUUCGUUUGACGUCAAAAUGACGAGAUGUACUCCACGUGAAACAACUGAAACGAUGGUUCGUUUAUUGCAGUGUUUAACGGAAGACGGGCUUGCUGGGCGAUCAUUUGAAGAAAUGGUUCAACAAGUCCAACUACUGGAAGGAACAGUGUCAGCAUCAACAAUAUCAGCUACAACGUCUACGGAAAAACCGAUUAAAUUACAGAACACUAAAAUUAAUUUCGCAAUCACAGACGUAGAGUGGAGCAGGGUUUUAAUAUGGGACAAAUGGUCGACUUUACCGCGUUCCACAAGCUUUGACGUGAGCAUCUUAAUUGAAAGGAUUGAUGUUAUGAUCGAGAAACAAACCUUCUACUCAUUACUACGAGUGCUUCCUAUUCUCCAACAAGCUCUAGAUACAAAAGGUACACAAACGCACGAAAUCACUGAAUCGGUAUCAAAGCAGCCGAAUUUUCUCCAGCGUUUGAUCGGACAUAUAGAUAUAGCAUUCCAAUAUGCAGAUCUCAGCUGUCCACUUGGUGAUAAAGACGUUCGAGAUCAACGAAGUGGAAGUAAGCUUACGCGUGUGCUAGUAGGUGAGCUGGCGUUCAACUUGCGCCAAUUUCAGACAUUGGGGUUCAGAUGCUCGCCACUACGUGUGAUUCUCGAAAGUGCCGACCAGAGAGACUCCGAUGAUCGAUAUGCUGGCUCAUUGCAAGUACUCUUUGUGCCAAAAAUUACUGCUGGUGCAGUGAUUCACUGGCAGCAUCCAAUUCAAUGCGUUGGACAGCUUCAAUAUGCAUUGUCUUUAGACAUUUCAAUCGGACACACAAACGUAUAUGAGUCACCAGUGUAUGUCCCGAUAGCGGAUGAAGCUCUUAUGUCUUUGGACUGGGACUGUGUUGUCCCGUGGUUGGUUGAGAUUUUGAUUGACGAUGCUUGUAACGACCCCAUUCAAAGUGCAACCAAGAAGUCUCCAGAGAUAAAGCAAACUCGAUGUGUGGGGGUGCAAUGGGACGUGUCGGUGCAAUCUAUUCAAUUUGUCUGGUGGGAUACAAUGACGCAGGAGACUGGUAUGCUUAUUGUCGCGAACGAGUUUCUCACACAUGGUGUGGUGAGAUUGGAUGAUCUUUUUGACCUGGAACAAGAAAAGAAAAGUCAGUGGAAACUUUGGGAAACUACAGUGUACCUUCAUCUACUCCGAGGAUAUCUGCUUCACGCUGAUGACGACGCUGAUAUUAUCGACAAUGAUAGUCCAGCGACUUUACCAUUUCGAUCAGAGAUCGCAUCCAACUUCUCAAUGGAAACAAUUGGUACCAGUUAUCGGAACGCCUACACACCAAAUGCCGACGAAGAUUGGGAAACUCUAGACGAACAAGUCACCUCUAUGUUUGCACCAUCUACAGUCACUCUUUUUGAUAAAAUGCACGACACCUUUGAGCCGAUUGAUUAUGAUUUCAGUAUUGCAGACACAUUCAAUCUGGCAAAGUCAGAGCCUUCCGUCCAAAGACUUCCGAUGCUGCAUGUUCCACUCUCCAUACGUUCGUCAUCGUCAACGAGUCCUCGUCUUAAGUCGCCUCGGUCAGACAAGAAUUGGAUGCAGACUAUCAAGAAUCGAUUAUCGCGGCUAAAGCGACGGUCUGCUUCUAUGGAUAAUCUGUUUCUAACAGACGGAUCUUGUCCGAUUCAAGUCGACGCUAUGCGGCUUCUGUGGACGCUUCAAACUCGAGACAGUGUGUUUUACAUGGUGUCGACUACUAUUAGCAGUCUUCGACUUCUUCUGGACGCAAAGCAAUAUUCUGGAAUUGAAGAUGGACAACGCCGAACUGCAAGAUCAGCUUCACUCUCACCUUUGCGACGAGCAAAAGGGAGCAGCUCUAGAUCUCCAUCUUUGGUAGAAACGGGGUUCGAGAUCGACCAUGAUUUCAAUGCUAAGAUUACUACGCGUGAGAGUCGUCGAGGAAGUGCUCGAGAUACGCUAUUAGAGUUGCUGCAACAGGGAAAAUUGGGUGUGACUCAGGAUGUUGACCUAUCGUUAAUUGUGGAUGAAGAAACUGAGUCAGCUCGGGCAACAUUUGGUGAAGAUGCGAGCGAUUGUGAUGAUUUGAAAGCUACAAUUGCGAUUAAGGCCUACACUGUUGAUAUUCACGAUGUUCAAAUUAAUGUUCGUGAGGAAAACACACGAAGUAACGUGUUAUUAGCAUCAAAGCAUAUUCACUUUGAGAUUGGUACAGAUGUGAGUGACAUGAACACGAUUGCAAAUCUUACAUUUGACAAUGUGACCGCUCACGUGGCUCCUAUCGAUGUCGACAUUUCAGCAGGUGUUUUGUGGUACUCCCAUGCAGAUGUCGGAUCUCCGUCUGCCCCUGGUUCAGCAUUGUUAAAGCAAAUUAUGGAAGAAUGCAGUUUGACGAGCUCUUAUAAUCACGCGGAAAGCACCGGUAUCACAAGUACCUUGGUUGAUCUGUCCUUUCUAGAGCUUUCUACCGAUCGACAUCAAUUUUACCAGCUCAUAAACGUCAUUCGACAUGUUUUGCUUGCACCUCCUUCCAUUGCUAGACGAACAAAUCGCACAUUUACAACAAGUACAAACUCGAUCAACUCGACCCAGCAAGUUGAAGAAAGUGAUCUUUCAGAUUGGUUACCACCAAUCGCCACCACAACUUCGUUGGCGGGUUCGACGUCGAUCAAAAAGCUCCACGUACUGCUUGAGGAGGAACUACGAAAUCGCGAGAUUCGCACGAGAGGCACAAUGUCCCGAUCAAAAUGGGCAAUGACAGCAGUGAAAGCAAUCACGUUUAAGGUUGUUGGGAUGCAGUGGAAAUUGCGACUGAGUCCCGAGCUCACCGAUGCUGAUCACGAGUUUGUAGGAAUUCGUAUCCAAGGCUUCACCGGAUGUCAUUCGUAUUUUACAAACCACUGUACAAAGCUCACAUUAAAUCUUCAGUGGCUUGAGAUCAUCAAUCUUCAUCCAGGUCCUUCAUCUGCUGCUUUCAAGGACUCGUCUGCAGUCCUAAAGGCCAAGCUGCUGGUCGAUAAACGGUUUGAGAGUGCAGCUACAGGGAUCCAAAAAGGAAUGCUUGUAGUUCGCGCGGAAAGUGGCCCCAUUGUACGAAUUUAUGGGCAAAAAUUACGUGUUCUGGAACUUCUUGAAGUCAGUAUGUUUCCAGAAGUAGCCAACAUUAUUGUCAUCCAGCUCGCCGCCGACUUUUACGAACUUAUUUACAAAUUUUUUUUUGAAAAUAUUACGCCAGCUUCUGCCAGCAGUCAGAAUACAGAGCUCUUUUUCGGUCAAAAGUCUACUUUUGGUCCCGUUACAUCGAGCAGUAUGUCUUCACUUAGUCAAAAAGGAGCCACUUCUCCCUUUGCUAAGUCACGAGCACCGCAAAGCAUAUCUUCCUCUCAGAAUACAUUUAAUACGCUACGAAAGAGCAACUCAGCCGGACCGACCAACAGCAUGCAAACAGAAAGUAGCACUCUUAGUACGGCACAGACAUCACUCGAAGAAGUACUUGAUGUAAGUGAAUCAGCUGCUACGGAUGACUUUGAGUUGUUUUAUGUCAAAUACGUCCGGGUGGGAAAUUCACUUCGAUCUGGAGCUGCCACCUUAUGUUUGUCAAAGCAAACUUUGUACAAGUAA